AUGGAAAACAACCAAUCAUGGAUCACAGAAUUCAUCUUGUUGGGAUUCCAGCUCAGUGCAGAGACAGAAGUACUCCUCUUCUGGGUCUUCUCCCUAUUAUACAUCUUCAAUCUGUUGGCAAACGGCAUCAUCUUGGGACUCAUUUGGUUGGACCCUCAAUUGCACACCCCCAUGUACUUCUUCCUCUCACACCUGGCCAUCAUUGACAUAUCCUAUGCUUCCAGCAAUUUACCCAAUAUGUUAGAAAACCUAGUGCAGCACAAAAAAACUAUCUCCUUUGUUUCAUGCAUCAUGCAGAUGGUUUCAUUUUUGACUUUUGCUGCUACAGAGUGCAUGAUUUUGGUGGUGAUGUCCUAUGACAGGUACGUGGCCAUCUGUCACCCUCUCCAGUACCCCAUCAUCAUGAACUGGAGAAGGUGCACAGUCCUUGCUGUCAUUUCCUGGGCAUGUGGAAUUUUCCCAACCCUAGUACAUCUAAUUCUCUUUCUACGGCUGCCCUUCUGCGGACCUCAGGAGGUGAACCACUUCUUCUGUGAAAUCUUAGCCGUACUCAAACUGGCCUGCGCUGACACCUGGGUCAACAAAAUCGUCAUGUUUGCUGCUUGUAUGUUUCUCUUAGUUGGGCCCCUUUCCUUGAUGUUAGUCUCCUACGCACAUAUCCUCUGGGUCAUCCUAAAGAUCCAGUCAAUGGAAGGCCGCAAAAAAGCCUUCUCCACCUGCUCCUCUCACCUGUGUGUGGUUGGGUUCUACUUUGGCAUAGCUAUGAUGGUUUACUUGGUCCCAGAUGACGGUCAACGACAGGAGCCACAGAAAAUCCUUGCCUUGUUUUACAGCCUCUUCAACCCAUUGCUGAACCCCCUCAUCUACAGUCUGAGGAAUGCUCAGGUGAAGGGUGCUUUUUACAAAGUAUUGCAGAAAAAGAGGAUUAGGUGA